GCCGCAGCAUCUCUGUUGUAUGAAAGCCAUGUGCGGGACAACAGGAGCCACAGGAGGAAGCUUUACGCACGGAAACACUUGCCAUUCACGGUGUUUUACUUAUCAACCUUAUAAAAGACGACAUGAUGUUGCUGACGACUCUCGCUCCCUGGAUGCUGUUGGCCUUCCUCGGGCACCAGGUCUCUCUGUGCUCCGGUGCGCACAAGGGGGCAGCGAGCGGCCGCGGGAAGUUCACGCUCAAGAACAAGAUGCAGUGCACGUGGGGGGCGAGAGACCUGGGACAGGCGGUAAGGCUGUCGGUGAAAUGUGAGAACCCGGAGGCGCGCGUCACAGGCGGCCCCACCGCCAUGGAGUGUAAAUACAACGGUAAACCUCAGAGCUGCCCGGGGUACCACUCCGACCCCAAGGGCUUCUGGAAGCAGGUGGCCCGCGCUUUCAAGAGGCUGCAGGGGAAAGUGUGCAUCGACCAGCGCGCACUGGUAAAGGCCGGCAUGUGCAAGCGUGCGCCCCAGGAGGCGCACUUCAAGCUGGACCGCUCCAGCUCGGUGGCAUCCUCUCAGGGAGGACACCCGCAGACCACCACCACACGUCGGCCCCGCACCACCUCCACCACCACCACCUCCACCUCCACCGGACAAAACUGCACCAGGCACCGGAAGGCGGCUGAGGAGUACUGCAACAGCUCGUGGGCCAGUGUGUGCUCCUUCCUCUUCUCCAUGGUGCAGAGUGACGACUGUUAGCUGAGCUUAAAGUCUCAUUGUACCAGUACAUGUAGUAGGCUUAGUUACUCAGGUACUGUGAGAUCAAGGGAACUUGCAGACCCACGUUACUUGAGUGUUUCAGCGUUACACUACUUUAUACUGCUCAGCUGCAGUGUCUGACAGCUCAGAUUCAAAUCUAACAUGUAAUGAGAUUAUUCAAUAUGAUGCAUUUUCAGAUUAGACCUCCCAACACCAAAUACAUAAAGUACUUGUACUUUUGAUACUCAUAAAGCCUCUGUACUUUUACCUCAGUCAUUUCAUGAAUUUUUUUUAUUUAAAAAAUAUCAAAACACACACACACACACACACAGAAAAACUGAAAGAACCAGACACAGAAUGAAUUUUCCGUAAUCUGGAUUUGGAUUAAUCUGUGAGGAUCUUUUUGAAUGUAUUCUGUAAUAUCAGUCCAGACAGUCCCAUCACGGCUUCACACAUCUUUCAAAUAUGAACUUCUUGAUGAACAUCUUCACUGACACUAACUUCAUGGUUGAUUUGUUUAUGGUGUCGAUAAACUUUUGAAUGUUGGAUCACAUGAUGUAAUAUCUGCUUUGUACACAGUGAACUUCUUUGUACUUGUAAUAGAGUAUUUUUUUACAGUGUGGUAUUUUUUUAUUGGAGUAAAGAAACUAUGUAUUAUGACGCAUAACUGAAGAUUGAUGAUUGUAGUCGAGUGGUACUUUCUUCUACCUCUGGUCAUAUUUAUCAAUCAGCCGCUGAUAUCAUAAAAACACCACUGUAUUUAUAUACAACAAAUAAAUAUCUUCUAUUUUUGUGGCUUUGAACAAUAUGUGACAUGUGACUUUUCAUGGCUGUGUGAACAUGCAUCUGGAUUGUCAAUGUGAA